AUGUCAGCACGGUCGCCCUCCCCAUCACCAGGUGCAGCGAUGCCGCCCAAGUCGGUCCCCCAGCGGAGGGUUUACGGCAAACGACGAGUUAACGCACCCAGGGCAGUCCUCGAAGCGAGUCCGGCCAGAGAGCCUACAUCCAACAAGUUCCGACAUGUCGACCCCGUGGGAAAUAUUCAAACAAAAUUGGCCAAUGUGAAGAUCAAGGACGAAAUGACCCCUGGAGAGUCAGAGCCUCCGAGUGAAGAUGAGCAACAAGAUUCAACAGAUCUCCCUUCUGAGGAAUCGAGUCAGUCUUCGAUCGCGGAAUCUCCAGAUGCCCAGAGUAUACAGGUGUCUCCCAAGUCUCGUUCAGAAAAGCCGAAAACGAAACCUGCGGUGGAAGUCGUAAUAUACAACAAAGUGGCAGCAAAUUCCCCCGAACGUACAGAGAAAACCGACGAGCCCACUGCAGCUUCCCCCGCCCCAUCUGAGCCUACGACACCCCCAUUGGAGCCGGAGAUGAUUGCAACAGAGCUGCCUGCAGUGGAGGAUUCUACGAUUGCAGACCAAGAAAAGUUACACAUCCUGGAAAGAAAGCGCGCCGCGCGGAAGAAGGUUCCUGCAGCUAGACGGUCAUCUGGAGUUGUCCAUGACAGUAAAGCAAGUGAAUACGUUCUCCCGAUCCUCAAAGAAGCACUCUCCCCGAUCGCCGCCCAGAGUAUCCAAAAAUUUGGUUCAUGGGCUUCACGCUCAGCCAACAUGUUCGAUGUUGUCAAGCUUGCUGAAGGUUCAUAUGGUGAAGUCUAUAAGCUCCAUUUGCGCGAAGAAGCCUGCAGGCCAGUAGUUUCGAAAUCAAAAUUCGCCAAACUGCAGUCUUACGGCGAUGGGGUCUUCAAGGUUGUGCCACUCCGGGCAAAGAGUGGACCGGGGUCCAAAAAGUUCACCAGUAUCGAUGAAAUCGUCGCUGAGGUCAAGAUGCUCAAGUACCUCGACCCAAUUCCUGGAUUCGCUCGCUUUCGAGAAAUUCACGUUGUCCAAGGACGGUUCCCUGAGUCCUUCCAAAAUGCCUGGGACCACUAUAAGAAGACCAAAGAUGAUUGCAUGAACCCCAACCCGUCCAACAAGAGGUCAUAUCCCGACACACAGCUAUGGGCUAUCAUCGAGAUGGACGAUGCAGGCUGUGAGCUGGAGAAGUUUGCUUGGUCCUCGAUUUUCCAAAUCUACGAUAUAUUCUGGGGCGUCGCUAUGGCGCUUGCCCGGGCAGAGGAGUACGCUAUGUUCGAGCACCGAGAUCUGCAUUUAGGGAACGUCUGUAUUCGCUCUACUCGCGAAGACGGCCGCAUGGACCCGCCCACUGAACAAGACAUCGCACGCCAGUCAUCAUCUAGUGGGUUUGGAUUCAGCACGCUUGAGACCACCAUCAUCGAUUACUCGCUCUCCCGCGCUGAUCUUCUGCUCGGUGAUGAUCCAAGCGGCCUUACCGAGAUCGCAUCGUCCGAUCUAGACAAAAAGCAAUUGUUCGAUGCUAUUGGCCAGGACGAAGAUGAGAUCAUGCAGAGAAAUACCUACCGAUACAUGCGCGCUACCCUUUAUUCCGGCAACCCAGCUGAAAAAGACAAAAUCCCCGAUAUCCCCGGGAUCUGGGCUGAAUAUGCUCCUCGCACAAAUUUGGUCUGGCUACUAUUUUUGCUUCAGAGCCUUUUCAAGAACAGGAAGGAUGAGCCUCAGUCUCAACCUCAACGCAAAGCCCUUGCCCCUUGCUCGCCUAAUAUAAAAGCGCUGAAAUCACAACCUGGUGAUUCAAAGGUACACAAGCCCAAGGAUCUCCAAGCCGGUAUCUCCCGUCUCAAGAAUACGCUUGAAGAAAGACUUAACGCCGUCCUUGGACUCUUGGACUUAGAAACCGGACAUGAAGACAUGUGUUGUGCUGCAGAUUUAGUAGCCUAUGCCAUGGACUCGCAGUGGCUAGGUGAAGAGGACUUCUUCUAA